AAAUUACUCUAUAAUUUUUGAACGAUUGAAUGAUUAUGAACAUUCUUAGAUCUCUGAUAUUUCUUAGUUUUAUAUGUGGAUAUUUAGCGUUUAAGUUACUUAGCAAUACAACCAACCCAAAUGUGCUAGUAGAAACAACAAAAGGAUGGGUUCUGGGAAAGGAAACAAAAACUGUUAAUCUAGGAAACACAUAUGUACACUUUGCCGGGAUUCCCUAUGCCAAACCUCCCGUAGGAGAUCUAAGAUUUGCUCCUCCUGUACCAAUUGAACCGUGGGAAGAGAUUCUGGAUGCCACGAAAGAAGGAAAUGUCUGUGUACAGUUCGAUAUUGGUAAUGAGGACUGCCUAACCAUUAACAUCUACGUACCUCAGCGUAGCAAUUCAGACAUAAAACCCUUACCAGUAAUAUUUUACAUUCAUGGAGGAUUUUUCUUAUUUGGAAAUGGCGGGUAUGUAUACCAACCACCAGAUUAUUUCAUAGAAGAAGAGAUAAUAUUUGUAACCUGUAACUACAGGCUAGGUAUUUUUGGUUUUCUUUCGACUGAGGAUGAUGCAUCUUAUGGGAACUGGGACUAAAAGAUCAAAUUUUGGCCUUGCAAUGGGUUAAAGAUAACAUCCAGUUCUUCGGUGGUGAUAAGAAUUCCAUUACUAUUAUGGGGCAAAGUGCGGGAUCUUGCAGCGUUAAUUACCUCGUACAAUCAUCAAAAGCUAAAGAUUUCUUCCACAAAGCCAUAAUGCACAGCGGUACCAGCCUGACCAUCUGGUCUUUUGUUACUGAGCCUAGAAAAAUUGCUUUCAUCAUGGGAAAUUUGCUAGGAAUAGAUACUACGGACUCCAAAGAACUGGUACAAAGGCUCAGAGAAAUGAACGCUUCUACCUUGAGCUUCAUGUCAACCGUAAUAAACAUAGUGUUGGAAUUUAUAUAUGAUCCAAAAAACGGGCUGAUGUUUGCUCCCACUAUAGAACCGUACCAUGAAGGGGCUGUUUUGACGGAACGAAGCUAUGAAAUCCUAGCUGCAGGAAAAUUCAAUAAAGUGCCAGUUUUGAUGGGGUUUGUAUCUCAGGAAGGUGCCGAUAUUUACCAAUCUUUUAAUAAUAUAAGGCCCUACCUCUUUAUAUAUGACCUUUUUCGAGAAAAACUGCUACCUAAAAACUUAAACAUAUCAAAAUCUGUACAGAAAGCUGCAACAGAUGAAGUUUGGACGCAGUGUAUUAACGGUUCUUUAGGUUUCAGUACUACAGAUCUUAUUCGGUUCAUUACUGAAGAUCAGUUCGUGAGACCAAUAGUGGAAACGGCACGACUGAUGGCACAGCACACUGAUGUUUAUUUUUAUAGGUUUUCUUAUUUGGGAGAAGGUCUGGAGGAAGAUGGACCUGGAAUAGGAAAUUCUCAUGGUUAUGACCUAUAUUACCUGUUUUAUUAUGAUACUCCAAAUCAAACAGCUACAGAUAUAUUAACAAGAAGAAGAAUGAUACGUAUGUGGAAAAACUUCGCUACAACCUCUAAUCCUACUCUGAAAGACAAAGAUCUAAAUCCUGACCAAACAAUUUGGCCAAUAUAUAAAGAAAAUGGUACUUACUUCAACAUAGGAGAGAAGUUAACACAGAGAACAAGUCUAAGAGCCUAUCGAAUCCAUUGGUGGAACUAUAUAUAUAAUAAAUAUGGUACUCGCCCUUUUUCCACUUACUAAAGAAUUACUGAAAGUACAAAAACCAGC